AUGGAAGGCUACAUCAGAGUUGGGGGAAAGUACGUCCUCCGCAAAAAAAUAGGAGGUGGUUCAUUUGGAGAAAUAUUUCUUGGGUCUAAUCUAGAAAGCCAAGAGGACGUUGCUAUAAAAAUAGAAAAUGCCACUUGUGCAGUUCCACAAGUUAUUAACGAAGCAAAGCUUAUGAGAUCAAUUGCAGGAGUAGGAGUUCCCAAAAUUUAUUGAUACGGAUCCGAAGGGUCAUACAAUAUCAUGGUCCAAGAGCUUUUAGGAAGCUCUUUAGAAGACAAUUUUGCUUACUUACUUACUUACUUAAUUACUUACUUAAUUAUCUGGUGUUUAAGGAGUCUAGUGCCGCAGCCCAAAAGGGCUUAUGGCAAAGCUAGUGACGUAGGCGAGCCAUCUUGGAACAGGUCAGCCCUGGCCAAGCCUUCUAUCAACUCCUGCUUCACCAGCCUUGCUGCACGUCUCACCAGGCGCGAUGCCGUCGCCCUUGUCGCUCGACUCAGCUCCUGCGCGUGUUUUGCCUAAGGGUCAUCCUCCCGUGGGGAUGUGCUGAGAGGUAAAAGCCCGAAAUCUUGAGAGGACUGAGGAGCAGUUCCUCUGGUUAUCCCCAGAGUUAAACCGCUAUUGCUGUCCAGAAGUUCUUGAGUGAAAACCUAACCCUAUAAAUAAAAUUCCAUGAGGGAGAGAAAUUAGCUUUGCUAAUUUUCUCUCCCUCAUGGAAUUUUAUUUAUAAGACAAUUUUGCAGUUCUCGACCACAGGAUGUCACUGCGAUCGGCAACUAUGAUUUGUUUACAAAUGUUCCAAAGAAUCGAAAACGUGCAUAACCACGACUAUAUCCAUCGAGACAUAAAGCCAGAAAACUUUUUAUUUGGGAUAGGCAAAAAGCAAUCACUUGUAUAUAUAAUCGAUUUUGGCUUAUCCAAAAAAUAUAGGGACAGUAAAACAAAGCAACAUAUCCAAUAUAGAGAUAACAGAACUCUUACAGGAACUGCAAGAUAUGCCUCUGUGAAUUCUCAUAUGGGAAUCGAACAAAGCAGGAGAGACGAUCUUGAAGGAAUUAUAUACGUGUACUUAUAUUUUCUAAAAGGAUCCUUGCCAUGGCAAGGAUUGAAGGGUGCUAAUAAGCAAGAUAAAUAUAUGAAAAUCAUGAAUAUGAAAUCAAAUACCUCUUUAGAUGUCCUGUUUAGAGGGUGUCCUUCAGAAUUAGUUCAAAUAAUGAGCUAUAUUAAAGCGUUAAGAUUUGAAGAAACUCCAAAUUAUGAGAGAAUUAAAGAUGGACUGCAGUCAAUUGGAAGAAAAAAUAAUUUUGUGCUUGACAAUAUUUUUGAGUGAAAUAAAAGAAAAUGUGGGUCUGCUUCCCCUAGAAGACGCUCAGAUGAUAACAUUCAAGUAAAAAAAACUAAAAGAAUUAAAAAAAAGAAAGUGAAGGAGGAGACAAAAUCUUUGAUUGCAGAAAAGCCAAGACCUUCGAUCGUGUCUUCUAUAGGAGAAAUGGCUUCUACAACUGUAGAACAUAGAUGGCCUGAGUUUUCAAAUCGUAAAACGAUUAUGGAAGGGAGGAAUAAAGCAAAAGAUGUAAUUGUGGACGAGUUGGUUGAUGAAAAGACUCAGUGCUUGGUAUUUUAA